AUGAGCUUCCUGGACUCGCAACGCACGGUGCGGUCCGUGAUGCAUGAGCCGCCACGGCCGCCUUAUCGACGCGUAGAGCCGCGGGACCCGCCGCAGCCGCAGCAGGUCCCGCUGCGCAUGCGGUGCGCGCAGUCAAUGGGGGUCUCUGCACCAUCGUGCGGCCGUGCAUCGCAGCUGAAGGGCUCCGCUGUGCAGAAAAAAGGCUUCACGCCCGUCCUAACGACGGAAUUCACGCGCACCAUCACCGAAGCGUCGGAGACGAUGAAGGAGUUACACACGUUUGAGAAUUUCCUUACGCGCCACAUCUCUCGCCCCUCUUUUUUGGCGGGCGACGAGCGACAAGACGCCUCUACUUUGGAUGAGGCCGCGGCUGACGACUCGAGGGCGAGCCUCAUGAAAGUGCGGCCGGCCGCGGCCCAGCCACCGCAGCGGCUGAUGGUGAGGCUUCUCCCUCGAAUGUUUUCGGAACUCCUCCUGCGGCACAACUCGGUUGCGUCACGGCUGCGGGAGAGGGGCCGGGAGGAGGUGCUGAAGCACAUGGGAGACACAGGACGUCGGCUUGGGAUGCGGGUGGUGACAUCGCGGGAGCUUUACUUCCUCCUCAGCUGCAUAUUCGAUGAAAAAACGCUAUGGAAGGACGACAUUGAGUAUUUGUUUCGCUUCUUUGACUGGGCAGGAAAAGGAUUCAUUGACUUUCAAGACCUUCUCGACAGUGCAAGCCUUCUUUUUGUUUCUCCAGAGGUGCAGGCGGCUGUGCACUGUAGGCGGGUGCUGAAUGAGCGUGUGCUCGACGACAGCGUGAUUUCCAUCGCCGACGUUGACGUGAUGCUUACGGCCCUCACCGUCAUCUUCACAUGCGCGCUUCCAGAGCUGCCCGCCUUCUGCGAUGAGGUGCGCCAGACGGUGGAGAAUGUCAUGCCAACCUACACUGUUCCCGUGUCGACGUUUCGCGCCGAGGUGAAUCGCAUUUCCACCCUGCGGCGUUGCCUCUUGGCAGUGCAGUGGGACGGUUCUGUGCUGUGGUCGGAGGUGUUGCCCGCGCCACUGGAGGACGACCGCGGCGGCACCCACUCUGAACGCCUGAUGCGGCUGGUGAACACGGCAAUUGCCGAUGGACGAGAGAGGACGCCGCCCUCGCUGAGCGCGCCCGACGAUGACUACUGUGUGGAUGUUUCGCAUCCGCGCUUCAUUGCCGACGCCUACCUCAUCCGCACGGGUGAAAGUUAG